AUGGAUCCAUUUCCCACUAUUGAGCAAGCUUAUGCCCGAGUCAGGCGAGAGGAUAUGCGCCAAUCUGUCAUGCUCUCCACUCCUGUCGAGGUCACCUCUGGUUCCACCAUGGUGUCACAGCGGGGCAAGGGUGAUCAGUUAGUGCUUUCUGCCCGGGGACCUCGUCCUAAACCUGGUAUGCCAAUUCAAUCCGAGGAAUGCUCUCACUGUGGGAAUCCUAAUCAUACAGCAGCAUCUUGUUUUAAAUUGCAUGGUUAUCCGGACUGGUGGGAUCAUUUUCAGACCAAGAAGAAGAAACCAGGCUCCCAAAAGGGGCGGAAUGGAGGGCAAACCUCCUUAGUGACUAGCGGCUUGUCAUUAAUUCCCAUGGAGCCUGAAUCGGGGCGGAAUGGAGGACAAGCCUCCUUAGUGACUAGUGGCUUGUCAUUAAUUCCCAUGGAGCCUGAAUAUGCUAAUGCCGAAUCUCUUGAAGGUAAUUGUGGGUUUGUCUUUGCUAAUGGACAUGGUGAUGGUCAUCAUGGGUGGAUAAUUGAUUCUGGCGCUACAGAUCAUAUGACUCCGGAAUCUGGUGACCUUCUUACAUCUACUACACCACGUCGAGAUCUUAUUUACAAUGCUAAUGGACAUAGCUUUCCUGUGACGGCUGCUGGGCGUGUGUCUGUCACGCCUUCUCUCUCUCUAUCUCAUACCUUGCUUGUUCCUUUAUUGUCUAAUCGUCUGUUAUCAGUUGGACAGCUUACUAGUGAGUUGAACUGUGUUGUGCUUAUGUACCCUGAUUUUUGCCUGUUUCAAGACAUUCUCACGAAGGAGAUUAUUGGGCGUGGUACUAAGAGGGAGGGGCUGUAUUUUGUGGAUGAAAUUACUUCUGGACGGACCUAUCAUUCUCGUGGACAGUUAGCUCAAGAGAAGGAACUUUGGUCUGAUAAUGGUGGCGAAUACUUAAGUAAACCUCUUGCAGCUUAUUUUCAAGAACAUGGUUUGAUAUAUGAAACUUCUUGCCCUCAGACUCCUCAGCAGAAUGGUGUUGCUGAGCGCAAGAAUCGCCAUCUUCUUGAAACCACUCGAGCACUCUUGGAGGGUAGCCAUGUUCCCCAUCGUUUUUGGGAUUCUGCCGUAGUCACAGCUGCUUAUUUGUUGAAUCACAUGCCUUCUCGCAUUCUGAGCUAUCGCACACCAAUGCAAGCACUUGCUGCCCAUGUGUCUCUUCCUUCGGUUCUUACAUUGCCUCCUAAGGUGUUUGGGUGUGUCGCUUAUGUCCAUCUUCACAAAAAUCAGCGGACCAAACUUGACCCUUGUGCAGUCAAAUGUGUGUUUCUUGGUUAUGGCCCUUCUCAGAAAGGGUAUCGGUGUUAUGAUCUUGCCGGGAAGCGCACGUAUGUCACCAUGGAUGUAACAUUUAUCGAGACGGAGUCCUAUUUUCCUUCCCCCCAAUGUCCUGUUCAGGGGGAGACUAGUUGUAGAACCAGACAUUGGUGGGAGGUAGGAAUUGUAGGAGCGACGGAUGGGUGCGUACGGCCACGUGAUUAUGAGGCUGCUGAGGCUGAAGAUUUUGAGCUACUGCUGCAUGAUUCUAAGGGUGCACGACCAGACAACACUGAAUUACUGCAUGGGUCCGAACAGGUGUCAAUAGACACACAGCACUCAUAUGAUCCUUACUAG